GCCCGAGCUGGAAAUAUCUGAUACGGCCAGGGUGCACUUGUGAGCGUACGGAAUAUAAUUGCGCGGGAAAAUUGGAAGAGCAGAAAGGGGGUUAGGGUUUGUUUUAUGGGGUCAAGUCAAGUGGCGAGGUGUACUGAAGCGUAGAGGUGUGAGCUGAUAUCGAGAAAGGAAGCCUGAUGAUGUCCGAAGGGAGCACAAUAGUAAAUCUAACGCAAAGGGAAGGCGGAGACGACUCUGAGUUGGAGGAUCUGAGCGGUAAGGUCCACCAGCUUCCUUGUGCCAUCAGGUACGACGGACCUUGCUCUGUUUCCGACUUUUUCAAGCCCAGAUCCACUGGGAUUGAGGUUGAAGGCUUGAAGGUGGAGGAAGCUUAUUUCAGAGGGAGGAAGUUGCAGGGAACAACGAUUCCGCUUUCAACAGGGUAUUGCGGCUUUGUCCUAGGAAAGAAGAAUCUUGCUGAGAAAAAAGCUUCUGACAUGUCUGAUGGGAACUCAAACCGUUGGGAGGUGAAUGCAAAAUUUGAAAAUGUAACAUAUUGGAAUCAUGACAGCCUCCCUUCGAGUAAUGAUGCUUUAUUGCGUUCUCUUCACUGGCUCACUGUUGCAAAAGCACUCCACAAGCCGGUGACAGACGAAGAUGUAGUUUCUGCAUCCAUUGCUCUGCAGAAGAUGGACUGAUUAAUGAACUGCGGGAAGUGUGUUGUCAUCUUCAGCCACUGUUGUUUUGCUUAUUCUGAAAAAUAGCUCUUUCUACUGAAAAUAAAGUAGUUAGUCCCCUCUCAUUGUUUACAUUUGACUUUUCUGAGAUCUGAAUCCCAUUUCUCUAGAUUUCUUAAGGUUAA